AUGAAUGUCUGGUCAAAUUGGUGUUCAGCUAGACGAAUAAGUCAGCCAAUUGAACUUUUUCCUUAUGAACAAUUGGAUAAGCUUCUCAGCAAAUUUUAUGGCGAGGUUAAAAAGGUGAAUGGAGCGGACUACGAGCCAGAAAGCCUUCGCGUGAUGCAAGCUGCAAUUGAUCGCUACUUACGUGACAAAGAUUACGGCGAAAGUAUCAUUUUUUCAAGGAUAUUUCAUCAGUCUAUGAAGACACUCAACGCUAAAGCAGCACGUCUCCGACAGCAAGGCAUGGGUAAACGUCCCAACAAAGCAGAAGCGCUCAACCAAAGCGAACAGGAAUUGCUGUGGCAAAACGGUUCACUCGGAAAUCAUUUGCCAGUCGCGUUGAGAAAUGCCAAUUUCAAGUGUCUUUCGGAGCAAAUAGGUUUGCGAGGACGACAGGACCACUACGACGCAUAUGUGGAAGAUUUCAUCCUUCGUAAGCACGACGAUGGCUCGGAAUCUAUUGUAUUCAAUGAAAAUCCCACCAAAACACGAAGCGGAGGCCGCAAAAAGAACCACGAAGCAAGUUAUAACUUAUGUGGAGCACCGAUGGCGGCCCUCGAGACCCAGUAA